UGAAAUUUGUUAAAAAUUUUUAAAAAUUAUUUAUUGCGAUAAAAAUUAAAAUUUUAAAAUUCAAAAAUAUUUAAAAUAUUUAAAAUUAUUAAAAUGAUAAAAUUUGUGAAAUAAUAAAAUAAUUUAAAAUUUUGUGUGAUUCUAUUGGGAAGGAGUAGAUAAAAUGUUUUUGAAUAAUUUAUUUAAGUUGAGUGAUGAGGACACGCACGGCGAGGGCAGUUUCUGCCCCUUAAACGAGGACAAUAACAUGCCAAACCUGCCAAAUGAGCCUUUAAACGGAGUUAACUUGGAUACAAAACGCGAAAAAUCAUCAAUUCCAAGAGCCGGUCAUGAUCAAAACUGGGUGUAUCCUUCUGCGAUGCAGUUUUAUAAUGCGUUGUUGAUGAAGAAUAAGGACGACGGGAAUAGUAAUUACAUGUCAGAGGCCGUUAAAGCGCACAACGAAGUCAACGAACUCUCCUGGAACCAAAUACUCAAAUACGAAAAAUUACAUCAAUCUGAGUGUAAGAGUCCGAAAUUGAGGCGGUUUGUUGGUAAAUAUAAUAAUCCAAGUCCUAAAUCUUACCUUGUCAGAUUAUUCACCAGAUAUGAGAAACCGUUUGAUAGGCAUGAUUGGUACGUGGACAGGUGUGGUAGGGAGGUGAGGUAUGUGCUGGACUACUACGAUGACCCUAAGUCGGCAAAUUAUUUACAAGUUUACAUCGACGUCAGACCCGCACUUGACAACUUCCAAAACCUCUACGAUCGCAUUAAAUUCUCAAUCCUCUCAAUUCUCAAACUUAUUUAACUUUUUAAUCUAAAUUUUAUUAUUCUAAU